AUGGAAGCCAAUGUGACCAAGCUUUUUGAUGUCCCUAUCGCUGUCUCAAACUCAAUACUAAGCAAUUUCAAGAACCAAAAACAAAAGAUCGUUAAAAAAUAUGUAUUUGUCAAAUCUGAUUGUGAUUGCAAAAGAAGAAGAGCCUAUGAAAUCACAAUUAUGGACCUACCAAGGUCGAUUAUGGUGGAAAUCCUUUCAAGAUUGCCAAUCAAACCCAUUUUCCGCGCUAAGAGCGUUUGCAAACGUUGGUAUAAUCUUAUAACUUCUGACCCUUUAUUUAUUACCAUGUAUCAGACAAGAUCGCUUAAUUUUCCUUGCAUUUUGCUUUCGGUUGAUUGCUUUAACGCUGCAAUUAUUGAACUUAAAGCUGGUUAUGAUUAUUACUCUCGCCCCCGAAAUAGGCCAGUUAUAUUGGGUCCUAAGUUUCACCUCCCUCAACUAAAACCGAAAAUUGGCGGUUUGUAUAAACCAAAGUUGGAAAUAAUUGGUUCUUGUAAUGGGUUCAUACGUUUGAUGGAUAGUGAUAAGUAUGAUGAAAAUCAUUCGCUUUACAUUAGCAAUCCACUUUUGGGUGAGUAUUUCAAGGUUAAAUUACCCGAAUAUGAGAAAAGAGUUCGUCGUGUUGCUUAUGCGUUUUGCUUUAGUGAAGGAUCUGAACAGUAUAAAGUAUUGAGAUCAGUAGUUAGGAAGUUUCGUGGUCGUCCUGAAGUAUCUGAAUUGGAUGUUUACAUUCUUGGAGUUGAUAGCGAAUGGAGAAAUGCGGGUAAGGCUCCAUAUCCUUUAUGUGGAUCGUUUCAUGGUAGUGUUAAUGUAACUGGUGCUCUUCAUUGGCUAGAUGAUGAAAAUACUGAAAAAAGUGCUAGCAUUUACUCCUUUAAUAAUGGGACAGAAGAGGUGAAGCCCGUGCCAGCUCCACCUGGUUUGGAAACUCCAUCCUUUUGCUUGAGGCUAGUAGAAUUAGGGAAUUGUUUGUGUUUGUCUGAUAAUAGUUAUAUGACGCAUGUUGAUAUAUGGUGGAUGAAAGAGUAUGGAAUAGCUGAAUCUUGGAUUAAAGAUCGCAUUUUGAUGGAUUCUAUUCCGCGUGAUAUCUGUGAUGCUAGAUAUGUACCAAUCAUAAUUUGGAAAGAUGGAGAAAUCUUGAUGCAACACGAGCGUGGCACACAACUAGUUUCUUACAGCCCAAAAUGA